AUGCGGCUGACCCACAUUGAGAUCUCCUCGGCACGCCUUGCGGAGGGCAGGCAAACUUGGUCUACAGACCGCCCCGCGGCAGAUCAACCACCUAGCCGUGGCGACUGCCAGGCCAUCGCCAGCUUGACUGCGCCGUUGCCUUGGUUUCGACCAGGUGCCCCCGAGCCAAAGAAAAGCCUCAAGAAGGGCAGAUCUCGACGAGGUUCGGCGGGAUUCUCCAGCACGACAAACCCAUGGGACCUGUUUUCUGAGAGCCUCCGCGGCACGGGCGUGGAGCGGAGCCCGCGGAAGCUGUCGCCUUCGCCGCCGCGGAAGCGGGAGGGGGGCGAAAGGGCGCCUCGUGAUCUCUUCCACUUUGGCUUGGCAGACCAGCCGCUGCUGCCCGAGGAUGCUGUUCAGGCAUACUUCGAGAGCGAGAAAGCACGGACGGAUCAACUUCACGAAAAGGAGAAGGAGCCGAAAGAGCUGGAAAAAGUGGAUGGGCAGCGGAGGUAUGCCAUCGUCAAACCACUGCCGCCCUCCGACAAGGUGCACAGAGAACCACAGCGAUUCGCUCGUGAGUGCAGAAAGUCGGAGCCUGCCGACCCGUUGAUGGAAGGAGAUGCAUUGGACAGGACAAAGUUCUUCGCAGAACUUCUCGACCAAAUGUUCUUCAAGCAGAAGUUUAGCCCUGUCCGACGCGACGCUUGCCAGCUAACGCGCAUGUCUGCAAAGAUGGACGAUGGGAGUGUCGAGGAUGGUGAGGUCGCCACCCUCCGCAAGACUGCAACAAAGCUUGUGCGAGCCUCUGGGGAGCUGUUCCCUGCCGAGCACCUUUCCAAGGCCUUGAAAGGUGUGGAGUCAGCUGUUGUCCGGCCUGCGAUAACCCAACUGGAAGCUGCGAGCGGUGGGAGCGCAGCAGCAGGCUCUGCAGAUGCACGGAAGCAACGCCUCCGAGCACAGUGUGGGGCCUUGCAUCGCCAGCUCGUGGACAAGAAGGCCAACGAGGACAGUUUCCUGUCAAACGUGAUGACGUUCUUUCGCGAAGAAGAUGCAAAGGCCAUGAACCACCGCAUGCAGAUUCAAGACCAGUUGGAUCAGUUCGAGGAGCUUCGUGCGCACCAGGCUCAACAAGCAAAGGAGGAGGAGGCGCUGAAGGCGUGUUUGGAGCUUAUGGUACUGUAUGCUGAGGACGCGAAAAGCCGCAACACCUUCCUCAUCGACACCCUGACACAGCUUCUGUCCUGCCAACCCACUAUGCUUCCAGGAAAUCCGCCAGAUGAUACGUUGGUGCAGUCCUGGGGUUUGGCUGCGCAAGCUGCAUACAUCCGGCUGGUCAAUGAUUGCCAGUUCAGUUUGGAGAAGAUGCUAGCGAGGCGCAACAUGUUCUUGGACAGGUUGGAGGACUCCAAGAAAGAGAACAAGGAGCAUGCACUCCAGAUGGCCGUACUCAUGCAGACAACGACCAACUCGAGGGAGGUGCUGGAUGAGUACAAGAGGCGGUACUUCUGGGACAGCAUCACCCACAGCUUCAAACCUCCAUCGCGGCGGAUAGGCGAAACCGCUGAAGCUUCGUCCUCGAAGCUCCAGCCGGCUGCAAAUUUGCCGCGCCCGUUGCCACAGCCGCAGCCGCAGACGGGCUUAGCACUGCCUCUGCGGUCGGGAGAGCCGCCAGAGGUGCAGGAGCCUAUGCCCUCGCCGAGGACGCCGUCGGAAGCAUCACCUUCGCCACGACCGCAGCAGGAGUCUUUGCCAUCUUUGCCGGAAGAGCAGCAUCCUCCUCCGGCUGAUCAGUCUCAGGACUCUCCAGCUCCAGCUUCGGUGGACCCAGCUUCGCCCAGUGAGGGCUCUUUCAGCCGGUCCGCUGCUCUGGCUUCGGAGGGUUUCACCCCUCCGAAGGGUUCGUCGCCGGAGCACAGCCGGAGUCCACCUCCGUCGCAGGUGCUUCUGGAGCCGAUUGCGGUGCCAUCCUUGCCUCCACCUCCCCCGUUGCCACUGCCACGGGUAUCUGGUGGAGAAGGUGCAGCUACAGCACAUGCAGCCCAAGCCGCCCAAGCAGCCAUGAGGUGCCAGAGGCAUACUUACAGCCUUGGGCCACAGCCGAGCAGGAUGUACCCACAGGGCUGCGUCUCUUUCUCACCACCAGGGGUUGUAACGCAACCAGCUGGCGCUCCAACGUUUUCUGGAUGGCAAGUUGCACAGCCUCCAGGCCACGGCAGCAGUUAUUUGCCAGAGCAGGUGGUUCCGCAGCCGCGAAGACAUCUUGCCUACUCACCGCCGCCUCGUCAGUGGCAGCAGGUUUCAACGGUUUCAACAGCUUCACCGCGGCUGCCAUCUCCAGUGCCUCCACCGAGAUGGACUUAUGUGAGUCCACGGCGGUCGGCUCGAAGCACCUCGGCAGGUGCAGAUUCGGCGUGUCGAGCUCGCGGACGACACUCAAGCUUCGAGCCGCGCAUGCAUGGCCAGUCGCUGCUCGGACCAGCCAUGGCGCAAGCAAGCCUCCCCGGAUCCAUGCUGUGUCCAACUCCGGGAUCGGCGUGGAGCGGCUCCAUGCACUGUCCUGCCCCACCGCCGGCCCUUGGCCACAUACUGGGCGUUCGGAGCGGGUCUGCUGCAUACCCGCCGGGGCAAGCGAGGGCUCUCGAGCCGAUCGAGCGGCGUGGGCGAUCCCCGGUGCCUGCACGGCGUGUUGUUCUGGCGCCACAGCAGGUGCCACAGGCGGCACAGCCCCUGGCUCCACGCCUUUGUUCUCAAAGUCCUCCUCGUCAGGUUUAUCUGGUCAGAUCGCCGUCUCCUGUGUCGCAGGCAUGCAUAACACCUAGAGGCACAUCCCCGACUUUGGCACAGAGUUCCAGCUAUGUCCUUCCGGUGACGAGGGGCAGUGCUCCCGCAAUGGUUGGCAGAGGUCGUGCUUCGGGGAGGACGCCAUCGCCGUGUUAUCCUGCACGUAUGGCGAAGGCACAGCGGGAUCUGAUGUGGCCAGUGGUGAGGGAGUUCUGCUCACGCCGAGAUACGCCGGAGCCAUGCCGCCUGCAGCCUCUGUGCAAGGCACGCGCGGGCCUGAUGCUACCAUUGUGGCCCGCGGGCGCUCGCCGGGCCUGGUUGCAGUGCCACGGACGUGGAUUGUUCUGGACGUGUGGACCUGGCAGAGGUGCGAAGCCUCGGAGAUCGCCUGAUGAUCGAUGUGGUGGCCGCUGGUGCCUGGGCUGCGGGUGGCAACACCUUGAGCGGCAAGAGCUUCGACAACGUGAGCGGCGCAAGCAGGCUCCCUGCUUGGAUCGCCAACACUCCACAGGAGGAGCGUCCUCGGUUUGUGCAACGCUUCUGCGACCGCCUCGCCUCCGUACUGACGAAUGCCCGCAAGCAAAGUUUCUGCAUCGAGGACAUCAUGCGGUUGAUCUGGUCUUGCUCUUCAGAGGAGGAUCUAAGACAAAUGAGGACCUGGUGCGACGAGAUCAACCGCACACGCGACAAGUGGCGGGUGAGCCCCCCGCCAGUUCUGCCCUCCGAAGAGAGAGCUGCCCUGCAGGCAGUGUUCAACUACUUCGACAAAGACCGAGGAGGUUUUGUUUUUCGCUUGCGGAACCUUUUGGGAGUUUGUUGGGCAGCCCCAAAGAUCACCUUCGCAGCUCUCGGUGGCAAGUGCCGACCUGCUGCUCAGGACAAAGACUAUGCCAAGGAGUUCAUCA